AUGAACAGGCUAGCAUUCCGUCCAACUCUGCUGCUGUUGUUCUACAUCGCAUGCAUCCACGGUCGUAAGUAAAUUUCUGAAGGAGUAGUCGUUUAGGUUUUUCGAAACAGUCCGGGCCGCAAAUUUCGCCAUUUGCAACAAGCAAAUAGGCAUUACUUUUUGCAAAUAUAUAGAACUGUUGCAUAACUAUCAAAAUUCUCUGUGCAUUUUCCUCUGUCCCCAAAAAUGACUAGUGUUUCAUAAUGAAUAUCGAAUAUAACUGACUUCCAUGGGAUGACCGGAGAAAUUUUUUCAAACUGAGGAAUUUCACUGUUUUGUUGUUUGUAGUUUUAGGUGAAUAAUUUAAACGUAACCUUGAUCAGCAGUGUGCUACAACACUGCAAGCGACCACUGUAUUAGUGAGAAUAUAUAGACAUACGUUUUCGGCAAAAUCCAUUAAGCUAAAUAAUUUUGACGCAAGCCUAUUAACGCGUUGUACCGAUUUUUUGGACGGUGAACGCACAGAGAAUAUAAGGUGAACAGGGUCAAUCAAUAACGACUUACAGUGAGUGACCCAUCCCAUGAAAUGUUGGUUGAAAUUCUGAAAUGCGUCUUCCAGUAGGAAGGAUAAAUUGGGCACGGUUGUAAUACUCAUCAUCUUGCAGCCUAAUCCUAAAAUAGUUUAGACUUGGCAGUAUGUCAGCUUUUGAAUACAGUGCUUUUGAAUCUCCUGUAGAAACUGUGCUUGGCAAAAAUUGAUUACUUAUCUAACAUGCAUUUUUCCCAUUGAUUUUCAAUGGUCUUGCAAAUACAAAUAUAUUUUAUAGAAACCACGAAGGAAAUAGGUUUUCUUUCAGUCGUUUGAUAGAGAAUCACGUCUUCUUUAUAUUGUAUACUAAAGGAAGGAGUAUAAUAAGAUUUUGAACAGUUUUCUAAUUGCCGAAUCAUUUUGAGCCUGACCAUUCGUUGCAUUAGCGCUUAGUGAUUUCACUCAACAAGACGCAUUCGUUCCACGUAAAGAAAAUCACACAUUCUUCUCUGUCUUUAAAAAGACAUCAGACAGGGCCCGUAAAAUUGUGCAAUGGAUGCGCACUACGUUGUACUUUUAAUGACGAGCAAUGAUAAACAGACAGGUACGAUGCUCUGUGAAUGGACAUUGUGCAGCCUUAAAAAAUUUCCUAAUUGGAACAUUUUUUAAAUUUAACUAUACUCAUGAUUUGAGCAUAAAAUAUAAAAAUGACACGAUUCUCUAUCAAACGACUGAAAGAAAACAUAGUUCUGCUCUUGGUUGCUAUAAAAUAUAUUUGAAUUUACAGAACCAUCGAAAAUCAAUGGGAAAAAUGCAUGCUGCAUAAGAAGCGUAUUCGAAAGCUGACAUCCUGCCGAUUCCGCAAUAUUAUAGGAUAAGGCUUCGAAAUAAUCGGUAUUACAACCGCGCCUAAUUUAUCCUUCCUAAUGGAAGACACAUUAUAGGAUUUCAGUCAACAUAUCACGAAAUCGCACACUCAUUGUAAGCAAAAUAUUAUAAUAAUCGUCUUACUGGCCAUACAUGUGUGAACUGCCAAUGCUCGUCUUUAGAAACUUUUCACGAAAGAAUUUCGGAAUGGACUAACAAGCAUGUAAAGUGAACAAUUAAUGUUUGUGUUAACAAGGACUAGUGGAUUGGACGCAGUGAGGAAAUAGAGUGAAAAUGAAUGCGAAAUAGGACACAUUUGCGUAUCCGCUCAUUCUUGUCCUCAACAAAUCCAAAAUACAUAAGACCAUGCAUUAUGUUCAAAAGUCGACACUGUAAAGCAUAAAAGCACUUACUUCUUUUACGUUUUCGAAAACAGAUCAUCAGACGAAUUACUAUGACCUCUGCCUAAAGGGCAGUAAACAAUGCACCCAAGUAUCCUACCAGAAAACAGAUCUUUCAAGGGGCGCUGACUGUCGGAGCGCUUGUGCAACUGGUCCGGGUACGAUUCCGUCUUCUGCGUUUUGUCCAUUCUAUAUUACCGUCCCUAUAAUCCCUGAGGUGUCUUUCCUCUGCUCCUUUAGACCAAAGCUCAAAGGACAUCUCGGCCACCUACCGUGACGCCAACGAAACCACCCCUGUGAACUACAAAGUGAUUGGCCGCGCUGGACACGCAGAAAGUUUCGCCCGUCACGUUCAAUGCGUUCUGAUCUGUGAACUUGUUGCAGAUAGUAAUGUCUAGCCCUUUGAUAUCUCGCCCUCCCCCCAUCCCUUUCAUCUGCCUAUUGCAAACUUUGACUGCCGCGUUGGUUAGCAUGCUUUUGUGUUGACUCAUUGACUCGCACGGGGCCUCCCUUUUAGGUCUAGAAAAUAAAGCUGAUUGGAUCAAUAUGUGCAUAUGCAAGGAUCGAGAAUGUGGCUCCUUCCCCAAAUGGAACAACACCUUCGACAACUUCAAGGACUGCUGGUCUAAAUGCAACGGAUGGAUGAACGGUAAGCAGUUUCGUGAUUACUACACUGCCCUGGGUUUUCACGCGUUAUUUAGAUACACUCAUUCCCGCAUAUUCGGUUUCAGUUGAAAAUGCAGUUAUCGAACGGAGCUACGUUUGCAAAAGAACGGGCGGCUGCCAAGAGUUCUUCCUGUACGAGAAGUCCGAAAACGUUGACUUCUUUCACAAUCUCGUUAGCUGCAUUAACAAAUGCCAAGAAGAAAAGGGUAAAUUGUGCAAUUUAUGGUGUUUGUUCUCGGUGGCCUGCAUUGCCUGCCUAACGACGCUUUUUCCCCCGAAAAACCAGGUCUUCGCUACAAAUGUGACCAGCAACGCAAGCUAUGCAAUCCCUGCUCGUCUUCCGAGGAGGACUGCCAACCACGUUCAGACUGUUCACAGAAAUGCAUGCCGCCUCCAAAGACGUCGUCACCUUGA